AGUCUUUUGCCACCUCACAAUGAGGUCGUUGAAGCUGUCAAAGUUUUCGGAACGUCGUUCUUCCAGCUUGGGUUCAUUCCAAAAGCUCUAUUUCUCGAGCAACUGGGGAACAGCAGAUCAUCCAUCAAUGUCUUCUAUCUCUUAGGCAUCCUGAGCGUUUCUGCUCGUUUCACUCCAAGCCUGAUAGCUCGAUAUGGCGAUGGCCUCAAAGCGGCAGAAGUCUUCAUGGACAGAGCUGCUGCCUUGGUAAUGGAAGAGAUGUAUACGCCCACACUAGAUCGCAUACAAGGGUUCUUCCUCCUAGCUAUCGCAGAGUGGGGUAAAGGAGAAAAGACCUCAAGCAACAUCCACAUGGGAAUCGCUGUCAGAAUGGCUGGAAUUCUACGUCUGCAUCGAGAAGAGACGUUUGAUUUGCCCGAGAAUUACACAGCUGAGGAUGUCAUCAACGCUGAGAUGGCCAGAAGGACGUUUUGGAUGUUAGAAAGUCAGGAUAACCUCCACUCUGGAUAUACGAUUCCUGUUUCGUUCUCCUUGAGCGAUAUCACGACUCUCUUGCCGUGCGAGGAAAGAGAUUUCGCUUUCGGCAUCGUGCCUCGAGAACGUAGUGCGCUCGCUGGAACUUUAGCAGCUACGAGGAAACCGGAUAUUGUUCACACGUCCUCGAGGUCUCUCUUUGCAACUCUGAUCCAAGCUCAUAAUCUAUGGGGUCAGGUCGCCAGGAGAGCCGUCACAAGUGGUGAUCGUCAAGCCGGAGAGCUCUUCAACCCCUGGGAUAGUAGAAGCGAUUAUGCUACACUCUCUAUAUCACUUCAGAUAUGGGAAGAGCAUCUCCCAGCACAGCACAGAUGGUCGAUAUGGAAUUUCAGAGGGUACAAAGCUGAAGGACUAGACUUGGCCUACCUUGCCGUUGUCAUGGUCCUGCGACUAAGCAACAUCAUUCUUCGACGCACAUUCAUCGAUAGCAUCAUCCACACAGACCAGAACAACGGUGCGCCUGAUGAUUUCUGGCUAAAUAUGUCAACCAAGCUUUUCGAGAAUGUCCUCGUGCUACAUGAGCAGAUUGAUGCUUUCUUCUCAUUGCGAUCGCCGCAGCAAGGCUUUCCAGCUAUGAUCGUCUUCUGUGUGUAUGUUUGUGGUUCUCUCGCAAAUCAUCUCUGGAGGAGACCAGAAAUAUGCCCAAGAUUGGCGCCUGGGAUGGGAGAUAUUGUAAGCAAGUCUCUUGAAGUCUUAACAGAUCUGCAACAUGCGUGGCCGCUGGCCAGGAAUUGGAGACUGGCACUUGAUCAAAGAGCUUCCAUGAUU